GCCUGCGAGGCCGCCGGGGCAGCGCCACCCCCGCGGCCCAGCGCAGUGGGACGGUCCCGUUGCCAUGGCGGCGGCGUCGGGAGGGCGGGAGGAAGGAGGGAGCAUGGCCGCCCUGGCCCGGCUGCAGGAGAGGCUAUCGGAGCUGCGAGAGGAGUAUUUCCUUGCGAACAGAUCUAUAGAUGAAGACAGAAAAAUAAAAUACAGAGCUGCUGUCAAAAUCCAGAGCUGGUUUCGAGGAUGCAGGGUCCGAGCCUAUCUGAGACAUCUGAAUGCAAUGGUGAUUUUGAUACAGAAGUGGUGGAGAGGAUAUCGAUGCAGAAAACACUUCAGAAAAAUGCUGGAGACAGCAUAUUUUAUUAUGAAGAUGAAUUUCUACAAUGAAAUGGCUGUCAGGAUCCAGAAAAGGUGGCGAGGCUAUUACGUUCGGAAAUACAUCCAUAAUUAUUAUGCCCUGAAGAAAUACUUGCAAGCUGUUUCUGUGAAUAACGCAUUUGUCAGGAGUGAACUUCAAGAGUAUGUAGAAAUGAAGGAAAAUGAAGAGAAAAUGAAAGACCUAGAAAAGAAAGAAAAGGAAAAGAAAUACCAAGCCCGAAAGAUGCAUUACCUCCUUAGCACUGAGCAGAUUGCAGGCAUCUACAAUUCGCCAUUCAGAAAGUCCCCAGACCCAAUGGAACUGCUGCUACGGAAUUCAAAGCCACUGAGCCACAGAAGGAAGCAAGUGAAGAGUCCCUUUGCCUAUGAGCUCUAUGACUGGCCAACUUGUAAGAAGCCCCCAGCUUUCGUCACAGCACUGCCUCUGCCACCUAUUGGCAGACAGAAACCUCAGGGGCCUUUCCGCGAUACCGCUGAAGUGUUGUGGCAGCGCUACAAGCCUUUGGAACCAACCUUGCGAGUGGCAGAAUCAAUCAGUUCACCACUGGAGAAGGCCAGAGAGGGAAUAAAAAGGGAGGAAUGGAGAAAUCCUAUACAUGACAAUGAAUUCCUGCCAUUUUCUUCAUAUCAUAAAAAUGAGAAUGAGAAGUAUGAGCCAUCACUUUGUAAGUCAGGCAAAUAUGUCCGAGAAGCUUAUGGAACCAAACAUUUCAGAGAAGUAUAUCCUAAUAAGUGGAUAGCGGACAAGGACUUUCGAACAGUGGUGCCAUCUAUUUUUCUCUUCGAAAAGUUUGGAAAAACUUACUCCCGCGCUGGGCAAAUAGCGUAGUUGUCCGUCCUCGAAACUACACAAGGCACCUGAAAAGUAAUCAAUAAAUGUAUUUCAGCAAAUGCACAGAAGCAUGUUGACUGAAUGUCCCAUAAAGUAGUCUUCCUAUGUAACGUUAAUUGAUUUUGCUUGAUCUUUAAGCGAUAUGGCUUCCAGGAUUUAUAAAAAAAUUUUUUGUGUGUUUUUUUUUAAAAAAAUUAGCUUAAGAAAAUGAUUUCUGAAAAUGCUAUAUUUUAUUUAACAUAAAUAAUUUAGGAUAGAAAACCAGAGUCAUCAAGUGAAAUACUUGGAAUCACAUUUAUUUGUUACAGAUUUGUAAAUGAGUUUAAAAAAAGAAGAAAGUUUAAAAUUUACAUCUGGUUUUUUCCUCCCACCUAUAAAUGUAUCUGCUUCAUCGCUGCUGUUCAUCAUUUUCAGUGUUAUUAGGCAUCCUUUUUAGCUACGGAUUCGUGUCUUCAGAAGUGCAGGAUAGGCAUUUACAUGGAAGAUACUAUUUUAAAUCCUUUUAGCACUUCUGUGGGUGGUAGAACUUUAGUGUUGAAAAAACAAAGUUCUGACAACAUCUAUGCCUUAUUAUUAGAUCAGUUUUUCUAUAUCCACUUAAUUUUCUUUAUCACUACCUGUGUAUUUACUCCUAGUCCUGUGUUAAGUGAGGCCAUAAUCAUGUGAUGCUUGGCAAGAAGAACACAUUUGAUGACACAAAACUGAUACUAGUUUGCUCUGUUCACUAGCAAGCAAUCCUGCAAAAUAGUGAGUAUCCUCAGAGCCCAUCCACUUCAAAAGACUCAAGGAAUUCAACAUCAUGAGAAGACCUCAGCAUAUCUAAAGAGCAAAUCAUAAGCUAAUUCUUAAAAUUAUGUGAGUGAAUUUUACAGGAGUUUUAUGCUGAAUUCUCUAUGAUAACUUAUUUGCUUUUCAUAUCAUUUGACUGUAUUUGAAUCAAAUAUAUCUGUUUAUCUGUGGUUCA